UUUAGCGCAGCAUGACGCAAAAUGCGUAUUGCAUAAUAUUAUAGAGGCGUUCAGUUCACUUGGUUGCACAUACAAAACGCUUGUAAAGGCAGACAGGUAGAAGCAGCCGGACGUAACAUGGCAGCAGUAAAAGCAUGCAAUAUCUUGAUCACCGGAGCCAACCGGGGCUUGGGCUUUGAAACAGUUAAACAACUCUUGGAGGACUCUUGUCCAAAACGUCAUAUUUUUGCCACCUGCCGUGACCCAGAUGGACCAAAGUCUGAGGCGUUGAGAGAACUGGCAAAAAAGCAUCCAAGUGUCAUCACUAUCAUUCGUCUUGAUGCUGAUGAUCCAUCCAGUAUCAAAGAGUCUGCCAAGAAAGUGGGAUCUCUACUGGGAAACAACGGUUUGAACCUGCUUGUGAAUAAUGCUGCAAUCGUGGCAAGAGGCACAAUUCAGACAAGCAGUGUUGAGGACUUGAAAAACACCUUCAACACCAAUGUGAUAGGACCCUUAUUAAUCAUUAAGGAGUAUCUUCCUUAUCUGCAAACAGCAGCCAAAGCCAGCGGGACACCAGGCUUGUCUUGUAAUAAAGCAGCUGUCAUCAACAUCUCCACAGUGGGGGGAUCCAUAACCAGAAUGCCUUCCUUAUACGAACAAUUCCCAGUGUUGCCAUAUUGCGUUAGCAAGGCAGGUUUAAACAUGCUGACUGUGUUAGCUGCUGAAGAGUUAAAGGCUGAUGAGAUCCUCUGCAUGGCCCUUCACCCAGGAUGGGUGAGAACUGAACUGGGUGGAGAAAAAGCACCACUUGAACCAAAAGAAAGUGUGGAGGGGAUGCUGAGUGUCAUUGGCAGCCUUACUGAGCAGCAGCAUGGUGGAUUUUUAGACUACACUGGAAAAACAAUUCCCUGGUAAACUAGAAGAACGAAAUCUCACCUAUACGAGAGGUCACGAUUCAAGUCUACUGCCCUGUUUAAUCAAUGAGCCAUAAUCAUAACCACUUAAGCCAGCAUGUUUAUGACAUGCACAUAAUUUUGCAUCAAAUGUAAUUGUAAUAUAAUAAAACACUUAACGAAGCAAUAAAGUCUUUUCUACUGUC